GGGAGGGAGCGGAGUUUCGGAUGCUUCAGUGGAGUGAGCUGCUCUUUCAAAUUCACCACAAGUCCGUCUGACCAAGUUUCGAGAGAGUCUGGGAAUAGAGCAAAAGUUAUGGAGUUCGUCGUACCCCGAUUCUGCUGUGUGAUAUUUGCUCUAAUGACAGGGCUGGCCUCUGGUCUGGAGCUGGCCAUCACAGGCCCAUCGACCAUUGAAAGAGCCAGUGGACAAACGGUGAAGCUGGAGUGCCAGUUCACCCUGGGCCCUGACGACCUGGCCCCCCUGGACAUCGAGUGGAGCUUGCUGGCCUCCGACAACCAGAAGGAAGACAAAGUGGUGAUCCUUUAUUCCGGCGACCGGGCCUUCGAGGACUACCCUGUCAUGAAGGGUCGCGUCCACUUCAACUCGGCCGACCCCAAGAACGGCGACGCCUCCAUCAACCUGACGGGGCUGCGCUCGACGGACACGGGCACGUACCAGUGCAAGGUGAAGAAGGCCCCCGGGGUACGCAGCCGCAAGAUCCUGCUCACCGUCAUGGAGAAGCCCUCCCGGCCCCGGUGCUACGCUGAGGGCCACACCGAGGUGGGCAAGGACGUGAUGCUGAGAUGCGUGUCCGCCCAGGGAACCAACCCCCUGCAGUACAUCUGGGAGAAGAUCAGCGACAGCAAGCUGCUCCCCGCCUCUGCCGUGCUGGACCCAGUCGGAGGCACCGUCAACGUCAGGAACGCGUCGGCCAGCGUGUCGGGGACGUACCGCUGCAGGGCCAAGAACCUGGUGGGCUCGGAGGAAUGCAUCCUGCACCUCAACGUCACCCCACCCCCCAACACCGCGGGCAUCAUCGCAGGCGCCAUCAUCGGCGUUCUGCUGUUCCUCAUCAUCCUCGCAGUCAUCCUCGUCUGCUGCUGCCGCGCACGCCAGAAGAAGAAGUACGAGAAGGAGAUCUGCAACGAGAUAAGGGAGGACGUGCCGCCGCCCAAGAGCCGCGUGUCGACGGCCCGCAGCUUCACCAGCGUGGGCAGCCACCGCUCCUCGCUGGGCUCCAUGACGCCCUCCAACCUGCACGAAUACGCCCUCAAGCCCCAGUACGACAAGAUCCCCUCGUCCGAGGACUUCGACAGGCCGCCCAGCCGGGCCCCCAUGGCCACGCCCAUCUUCACCGCCCCGGCCCCGGCCCCCGCGCCCAGGGUGGCCGGGCCCAACCUCAGUCGCAUGGGAGGCAUCGCCGUGAUGAUCCCCGCCCAGAACAGGGACGGCUCCAUCGUGUAGCCAGGCCCGGAGUCCUCGACCGUCUGCCUCGGGGGUGGUGGUGGGGGGAGGCGGGAGAGGGAGAGAAUGUGCUGACGGGAUGGGAUGGGAGGGGGGAGGGGGGAGGGGCGGGAGGGAGGGAAGAGGGGAUUGAAUGGGACACCAUCCGAUGUGGACAGCCGGAGAAGGAGUGCCGGGCGAGCUAGGCCUGACUUGUUGCUCUUUUUUGUCUAUUUCCAAACGCGGGGAGACUUUCUUCUGUGGAGGCCUGGUUCCGUUGUGUUUUUCUGGUGAAGGAGAAGCAACACGGCCAGAAGCUCCAAAAACACAACAACGACCCACUUUGGAACACAUUAACUUUAUACCGACAAGUUACACAAAUGAUACUGCUUUUAUCACUCUUUACUUUCUGGGACCUUUCUCACAUGAAACGAUAUAGAAGGGGCGUGAGAUGUGAUGAACGUACCCUUCAGAUUUUAUUGUAUAUAGUGGAACGCAUGUUGUCGUUUUUUAUCAAUUCUAGAUGGCCCUUUCUAUGGUGACGUGUUGAAGAAGUGACCGUGGCCCCUCUUUUGGCCAGGCAUAUGUAUACAGCUCUAUGCAUGUAUGUAUGUAGGUAUAGGAAUGCAGAUUGCAACUGUGUGCUUUGUGCAGGAAUGUCAAUAGCACACAGUGGAGGGGUUAGGUAUAUUUAAGCAACCAUUGAUUUGCUGCCCACAAUGAUGAAAUACCCGUUGGGGGGACUCUCUUAUUGUUAUUAUUUUAACCAUGUUCUCUGAACCAUUUGAAUUCAUCUUUUUUCAAUUCCAUGCAUUCUGAAUUUUUCAAUUCCUAACAAUGAAGGCUUAAAUAUAUGAAGGGGUUUGAGCCACAGUAAGACUACUAACGAAGGAACCGGUUCUAUCUGAAGGAAUCCAAGCAGCCACACAUGGAGUCGGAUCACGUUCUCGCUCUCUACAUAGAUGGCGUUUGCAUUGUUAACCAGCCCCUGGGACAUGGAGGUCAGCUCGCUGCGAAUGAGAGAGCAGCAGUUUGAAUCGUCCAGUUUCAGGUUCCCUACAGGGUGGGGGGGGGAGGCCGAGGGGAUUGGGCGCUCGCGAGGUGGAGCAACUCACCGCUGCUUGCCAUUGGUGGACUCAUGUGUACCGGCUUAGCUUGAAAACAAUUGGAGAACAUCGCCCCUCCUCGCAAUGGGGGUGCAAGAGGGAGAGAGGGCAGUGCGUUGGAAAUUAGUGGGGACAAAGUAGACCGCAAGGUUCACUAGGCAAUCACAGCUAAGCGGGUUUGACUGAAGCUAGAUCCCCCCCCCCCCCCCCCUCCCUCCACUCCCAUCCAACCGACGCGAACGCACAGAGACGCGCAGAUGCACACCUUAUUAGCAGGAGCGUUAAUUUAUCAUCUGGAGCGCCCGCGACCCCGGCCCAAAGGCCUGACGUACUUAAUCCUCCCUUUUGCACUUGCAUUACAGGCAGCCAAUAUCUUGAUUAACCUUCCCUCCCCGCGGUCAAUACCAAAUCCCCCCGCCGCCGCCGCCGCACUAAUUGGACUUUGUAAGGCGGAAUACAAAGAGCGCGACCGAAAGCGCACGUGACGACGAUAAAGAAUAGACGCCCGACAAAAGAAGGUGAACCGAGACCCAGCAGUGUUUUUGUGUGUUUGUGCAAGUGUGUGUACUGUGUGUGUAGACUCGGCAUAACGAGUUAAGCGUUUUGAGUUUGUUUACACUACGGUUCAGGGUGUUUGAAGCAGGCGUGGUCACCAGAAGGGAGAGAGGGAGAACUGUUCGUUCCAAUCUCUCUUUGAAAACCAUAUCGGUUUGUAUUGUUGCACAGAAGAUUAGAAAAUGGUGGCCAAUCACUGCACAUUGUCCACCUCAUCUCCCCCC